CAUGUGUCUGACAACAAUAAAAAUAAAAUGUCAAAAUCGUCUUUCGAUAUUGAAGGUUUUCAAAUUGUAAAAAGUAAAAAAUCUUCGAAAAAGCAAACCAGAUUACCUAGAAGAGAUAUUAAUUUUGUCAAACAAGAGUUAGAAGUGGACAUUGAUACAGUUAUUACCCGAAUACAGAGUGCUGUUGAGGAUUUGAGAAAUUCAGAAUAUCUAACUGAACUAUCAAAAUCUGUAAGUACAGUCAUAAAGAACAGAAAAGUCGUAGAAAUAGUUUGUUUUGGUUUAGGGCAUUUUGCUGAAUGCAAUAUCUCCCGCUACCAAUUGGCGCUUCUGUUGUGCCUUAAAAAGGCGUGUGAGCCCCAGAAAGUCUUGGUACACGAUCCAAUAUUUUAUAGGGACGAAUGUGACAUCUUAAAACGUCUUCAGCUUGAUGUGAUAGAUGAAAAUAAUGAAGGAAGUUAUGUAAUUUCUGAUGAAGCAAUUACAAUCGCCUACUUCCCUCACUGUCCUAAACAAUUGACAAAUAAUUUCCUUUGGAGCAACUGGAGUGCUAAUCUUCAAAAAUGUAUUCUUAUUUCAAACAGCUUUUCAUCUUUAUUUGACAAUCAACCUAGUAGAAUAAUAUUGGAGACAGUUCCGUACAUAUUCAAAAUCCAUACCUAUACUUCAGAGAUUGUAUUACAAAACAGUUUUAAAUAUACUGACAUUUUUAAUGACACAUCCAUUCAUCAUUUUUCUGUUGAGAGAAUAGAUGAAACAGAUUUUUGGAAUAAAGGGGAGAAACCAAAUUAUGAAAAUACAGAAGAAUUUAUAACAUCUCAUAUGGUUGAAAAAUUGAAUAUUUGAUUUGUUUGAAGGUGUAAAAUGGCUUCAAUAACUUCAAAACCCACCCUGGUCACACUCAGGCAGUUGCUCUCUGAGAUUCGGAAACAAAGCACUACAAAAAAGUUAUCUGAAAACCAAAUGGUGCGAUACAUUAUGAGC